CUUCCUGUUGCUCGCUCAUUCUCUCCGUCGGGUAUUUAAAGGCCCUGGUUGCGGGAGGAACGGACUUUGUGCAACUCCACCUUGGGAGUUUUCGACGUGAUCAAACCGCGCAGCUUUUACUCCGCACAGGUCCACUCAGAGACAGAAUGACGUCCACAAUAGAGGCGGAUCUCAGCUGUCCGGUCUGCCAUGAAAUAUUUGAGGAGCCUGUUGUUCUUCCGUGCACCCACAGCUUCUGUAAGGAGUGUCUGCAGGGCUGGUGGAGAGAGAAACACUCACGUGAAUGUCCUGUGUGUAAGGCUGUAUCUAAAACAGCAGAACCGCCUGUUAGUCUGGUGUUGAGGAACCUGUGUGAGUCCUUCUUGUUGACGGGAGAUCAGACUCCUUCAGAGGAUCUUUGUCCUCUGCACUCAGAGAAACUCUCACUCUUCUGUUUGAGCCACAAUGAGCGAGUGUGUCUCAUCUGCAGGGACUCGGAAAUACACACAAACCAUGAAAUCAGACCCUACAAUGAGAUGAAACCCAUGGCUAAGGACGCACUGCUAGGUAAGCUGGAGUAUGUAAGGAGGGAAAUACAGAUUUUUCAUGACUUUAAAGUACAACUCACACUAGCAGGAGAGUUCAUGAAGAAGCAGGCCAGGCAGACGGAGAAGAGGAUCAGGGAGGAGUUCAAGAAGCUGCAUCAGUUUCUGGAGCUGGAAGAGGUGACCCGGCUGGCUGCAGUGAAGCAGGAGGAGAAGCACAAGGAGGAUGUGUUGAAGGAGAUGUGUACUGCUGUAGGUAAAGACAUUGAGGUUCUUUAUGCUGCUGUCAAAACCACAGAGGAGGGGAUCAGAUCUGAAGACUGUUGGCAGAAGAAUAAGGAUCUAGUUCGGGGACUUACGAUGCGUCCUCUGCCGGAAGCUCCAAAACUGCCUCGUGGUUUUCUGAUAGAUGAGGCCACACACCUGGGUAACCUGCCCUUCAACGUCUGGAACAAGAUGAAGCAAAUGGUCUCCUACAGUCCUGUGAUCCUGGACCGAAACACUCUGAAUACAGUCCUCACCCUGUCUGAAGAUCUGACCGUCAUAAAAUGUAGAGAUUUGAGUAAGAUUGUUACUCUAAAGACUCCUGACAACCCUGAGAGGUAUGUCCAUCUCCUCUCCGUGCUGGGCUCUCAGGGCUUUGACUCGGGCACUCACACCUGGGACGUGAAGGUCACAGACGAGCGGAGCUGGGAUCUGGGAGUGUCAGAGGAGUCUGAUUACAGGAAUGGAAACGGUCUGUAUGGAUUGUGGACGAUAGGGACGCUUCACGGUAAAUACUCGGCGCAGCACGGAUCAAAUAAUUGGGCCGAUCUUGAGGUGAAGGAUAAACCCAAACGCAUCAGAGUGAGUCUGAGCUGGGACAGAGGUCUGCUGUCCUUCACCGAUCUAAACACCAAUAAACUAAUUCACAGCAUCAAGCACACCUUCACUAGGAAGGUGUUUCCAUACUUCUCAGGGGAAAUGAAAAUUGUCCCGCUGAAGGUCGGUGUUGAACUGGAACAGUGAGAGUAUUCAGGGAGGAAGAGUAUACUUACAGCCUCUUCAGCAGAGCCUGUCAUCUUGCUGUCUCUGGAUUCUGAGAUAUGCUUAUUUUUGUUUUUGUAAUGUUAAGUUUUGCAUCAAAACGUUAUGCCCUUUUUUUUUUUUUUUUUUUUUUUUUUUUUUUAACAGAUAUUGUCGUUAUAACUUUUUAUACUUUGACAUUUGUGAGAGAGCCUUGAGGAAAAGAGACCACACUGUUGUAGCUGUUGAUUGAAAUAAAAACACCACCUGCACAUA